GGCGCGUGCGGUGUGUUCGGCUCGGCGGAGUCACGGUCACUCCGACACGGAACCGGGAGAGCAGGGAACAGCACGCGCCGCAUUUACAUAGGCUACACACACACACACACACACACAUAUAUAUAUAUUCAUAUGCAGUGCCGUUUCCGGUUCCGUUAAACGCGUUGAGAGGCAGAGCGCGCGCGGAUGGGGUGUCGGACACGGGGCGCGCGCGGUGAUCCCCGGGAUUGAAGCUGUGGAGCGCGAGGAUGGAGAACAUCAGAACACCGAAGGUGGAGAACGUGCGUUUGAUCGACAGGCUGACUCCCCGCAAGUCCACGGUGGGGACGCUGUACCUCUCCUCCACACACACCAUCUUCGUAGAGAACUCGGACACACGCAAAGAGACGUGGCUCCUGCACAGUCUGAUCAGUAGUGUCGAUCGCACCCCGGCCACGCCCACAGGAAGUCAUCUCAUCCUACGAUGUAAGAACUUCCAGGUGUUUCAGUUUGUGUUGCCACUUGAGAGAGAAUGUCUGGACGUCCAGGAGUCACUCGCACACCUGUCCCAUCCAGAGCGUUACGGAGAGCUCUUCUGCUUCUCGUACUUGCCCAGCGUGGCUAAAGAGGAAAGAGAAAAGGCCUGGAGUUUCCUGGAUCUGCGUUCUGAGUUUAGCCGGAUGGGAAUUCCCAGCAACCUCUGGCACGUCACUCCGGCCAACCACGAGUACAGAGUGUGCGAUACGUACCCCUCGGAGCUGUUCGUGCCGAAGUCAGCAUCUCCCGCCAUUAUCGUGGGCAGCGCCAAAUUCAGGAGCCGAGGGCGACUUCCUGUUCUCUCCUACUUCCACAGGGACACUGGUGCUGCAGUGUGCCGCAGCAGUCAGCCUCUCUCCGGUUUCAGCACUCGUUCUCCGGAGGAUGAACAGAUGCUGCAGGCCAUCAUGAAGUCCAAUCCCGCCAGUGAGUACAUGUACGUGGUGGACACACGGCCGAAGCUGAACGCGAUGGCCAAUCGGGCGGCAGGAAAAGGCUAUGAGAACGAGGACCACUACACGAACAUCCGCCUGCAGUUCAUCGGCAUCGAGAACAUCCACGUGAUGAGGAGCAGCCAGCAGAAACUCAUCGAGGUCGGUGAUCUCAGGUCUCCGUCGAUGGGAGACUUCCUGUGGGGUCUGGAGAAUUCCGGGUGGCUCAAACACAUCAAAGCAGUGCUGGACGCCGGAGUCUUCAUCGCCAAGGCUAUAGCAGAGGAAGGGGUGAGUGUGUUGGUACACUGCUCUGAUGGAUGGGAUCGUACGGCUCAGACCUGCUCCGUAGCCAGCGUGCUCUUGGACCCGUACUACAGAACCAUUAAAGGAUUCAUGGUGCUGAUAGAGAAAGACUGGGUGUCGUUUGGACACAAGUUCUCACACAGGUACGCUCACCUGGACGGAGAUCCUAAAGAGGUGUCCCCUGUUCUGGACCAGUUCCUGGAGUGUGUUUGGCAGCUGAUGGAGCAGUUCCCCUGCGCCUUUGAGUUUAACGAGCGCUUCCUCCUUCAGCUGCACACACACGUCCACUCCUGCCAGUACGGCAACUUCAUCGGCAACAGCCAGAGAGAGCGCCGGGACCUGAGGAUGCGCGAGCGGACUCACUCGCUCUGGCCGUGUCUUUGGGAGAACAGAUCCGAGUUUAUCAAUCCUCUGUACAGAUCAGACCACAGUCAGACUCAGGGCGUGUUGAGACCCCUGACCACGCCCUACUGCUUCAAAUUCUGGAAAGGCAUGUACAGUUCUGUGGAAAGGGGCAGGGCCUCGCAUCAGUCACCUUCUGAUUGGCUGACCGCCGUGAAGGAGGAGUCACAGCAGCUGGAGGAGGAGCUUAACACCCACCAGGAGAGACUUGCUCAGCUGCUCGAGAACAAAACGAGAAAAAUGAAGAACAACAGAGCGACUGAACAUUCGCACCGGACGCUGCUGAAAGGAAACGAGGUCGGCAACCCUCAGGAUUACCCCACCUGCAUCUGCCCUGCUGCCGGGACAGAAAGCCACACCCCGUCCUACUUCACACUACCACUGAAAUCACCCACGACCCCCAAAGCCACCGACGCUGACGACCUUUCUGUCUGCAGCGACCUCGAGUCAGGCGUCGCCGACCUCAGCAGCCACGCCUCCAGCUCGUGCGAUGACGCAAAAGACCCUCAUCUGGACGAGGCAGCUUAUGCGAGCGCCUGACAGAUUUAAAAUAAAAAAAAAUAGAGACAGGAUAACUGUAUAGUUGAUCACUGGACAGUCAUCGGAUUGCAGGAUGUCGGUUAAGACAAGGGUUAAAAAUAGUAUUUUAAUUUAUUUAUAUUAUUUUCAAAUGACUGUUUUAUGACUAAAUAUUUAUGAGCACAGAGUCUUCAGAACUAUCAAAAACAGUGCUGAUUUUUUUAAAUUUAAAUAUCUCAUCUCAUCUCAUUAUCUCUAGCCGCUUUAUCCUGGUCUACAGGGUCGCAGGCAAGCUGGAGCCUAUCCCAGCUGACUACGGGCGAAAGGCGGGGUACACCCUGGACAAGUCGCCAGGUCAUCACAGGGCUGACACAUAGACACAGAUAACCAUUCACACUCACAUUCACACCUACGCUCAAUUUAGAGUCACCAGUUAACCUAACCUGCAUGUCUUUGGACUGUGGGGGAAACCGGAGCACCCGGAGGAAACCCACGCGGACACGGGGAGAACAUGCAAACUCCACACAGAAAGUCCCUCGCCGGCCACGGGGCUCGAACCCGGACCUUCUUGCUGUGAGGCGACAGCGCUAACCACUACACCACCGUGCCGCCUUUAUUUAAAUAUUAGUUUAAUAAAUGGUUUAGAGAUCAAUCAAAAGUACACAAUUUUCCCAGUACCCCACCCUGCUCAAAUUAAUAAUCAUAAUAUUUGUGUCUGGGUGAGAAUAGUCAUACAUCAGCUAUUCAUAACCAGGUUGGGUUUACUAUGCUGGUUGGCUACAGACACCCGAGUGCAAAUAGCACCUUCCUGAUUAGACACGUCGUCGAGUUCCGAACAGGUUCAGCGCGUUUCUGAUGGUUGUUGAAUUGCGUAUGAAUUUGAUGUUUCAGAUUGUUCCUGAUGGAAAACCUUAAGCCGGUUCUCAUUAUAACGGAAACCAAUGGAUUGGGGAUGUUUGGCUAUGUUUUUUUUUUAAACCUUUUACCUCAGCAAAACAUGUUCACUUCAGUGCUAAAGUGAAGAACAAAUACACAUCGGUUGAUUAAAUACAUUUGGGAUCAAGGGAACAUUGUGCAAAUUAGAUCAUUUCAGCUUUGAUCAUCUUCUGCAUUUCAUAUUUUAAAUCAGAUAUUAUCUACAUAAACAUACACACAUAACCACCAAAGCUCAGUCGACCCCUUUCACCCUUUCCGCAAAUGGUGCCCUGAACCCUACAGGACUUUUUUCCAACCCGAGUGUAAAUAAGGGCUGCAAGCCUCCAAGUUUGGAACGAGGAAACUUUCCAGACUUUAUACAUACUCCAAUACAGUACUGUGCGAAGUUUUAGGUCUGUUAAAUCGUAUGUAAAACACUGU